AUGGCAUCUGAACAACUGAGCGCUGCAGAAGCGCGGUGGCGGGAGCAGUUUGCGGCCAUGCAAGAGGCUAUCGCCAAACUGAAAAUCCCCCAAGAGAACGGAAAGGCUGAAGAUGACCUUAACCUUGACGAGGACGAAUUUGGCGGCUACUCAAGUGGAAAUAGCGGCCAAGAUGUCUGGGACUUUAUCUCCGAUGACGACCAGGAAGCUUUGAGCAGUGACUUCGCUGAUGGAGAAGCUCCCGAUGGAUCAGGUCCGGCGGAAUACGGCGCUGAAUGGUUCGCGAUUAAGUGCUCGGCCAUUGCAGCGAAGAAUGAUCUCUCGGCUGAUGUAUUCGAGAGCCAGAUCAUGAGCGUUCUCAACUCUGGCCGUUCUGAUGAUGAGCUGCAGAUCCAGCUGACCGACUUGGUUGGGUUUGAUGAUCUCGAUUUCAUUAUUGAGAUCCUUGGACACAGGAAUGAGAUCGUUUCCGCUGUCAACGAACAGGGCCAAGGAAGCUCCAGCGGACCUCGACUCCUAACUAAAGCUCAAAGAGAGGAGAAUUUACGUCGACAAGACCAAGCUCACAAGUCUUCAACGCUUGCACCGGCCCAUUCGAAAGAACCUCAGUAUCCUCACGUUUACAAAGCCUACAGCGCUGGCAACACACUGAGCUAUGCCGGAAAGAAGUAUGGUCUCCCAGUUGGAAGCGAGCGGUUAUCGUUCGACAAAUAUGAGGAGUACUUCAUUCCUGCUGGCAAAAAGGGUGCCCUGGGUCCCGGACAGCGACUCGUUCCUAUUAGCGAGUUGAACGGACUAUGCCGAAAUACUUUCAAGGGCUACAAAACGCUCAACCGAAUGCAGAGUCUUGUUUAUCCCGUUGCUCACAAGACCGCCGAGAAUAUGCUGAUCUGUGCCCCCACUGGUGCUGGUAAAACAGACGCCGCUAUGCUUACCAUUCUCCAAACUAUUGCUCAAAAUGUUGAGCCCAACCCCUUCGAAAAUCCGACAGCCACCGAGUUUGCAGUCAACGCUGAUGAUUUCAAGAUCGUUUAUGUUGCUCCCAUGAAAGCUCUUGCUGCCGAAGUCACAGAAAAGCUGGGCAAGCGUCUAGCUUGGCUUGGUAUCAAAUGUCGAGAGUAUACUGGAGAUAUGCAACUUACGAAGUCCGAGAUCAUCCAGACUCAAAUCAUUGUGACGACCCCUGAGAAAUGGGACGUUGUUACUCGAAAGGGUACCGGAGAUACAGAGCUUGUUCAGAAGGUCCGACUUCUCAUUAUUGAUGAAGUCCAUAUGCUUCAUGACGAAAGAGGUGCCGUGCUGGAAUCUCUCGUGGCUCGAACGGAGCGACAGGUUGAGAGUACACAGUCUCUCAUUCGAAUUGUCGGUCUCAGUGCUACAUUGCCCAACUACGUUGAUGUCGCCGAUUUCUUGAAAGUUAACAAAUAUGCUGGCUUGUUCUACUUUGAUGCAUCAUUCCGUCCUGUUCCUCUUGAGCAACACUUUAUUGGAGUCAAGGGAAAGGCAGGUACUAAACAAUCCAAAGAGAACCUCGACCAAGUUGCAUUCGACAAGGUCAAGGAAAUGCUUGAGCGUGAUCACCAAAUCAUGGUGUUUGUUCAUUCUCGAAGAGAUACGCAGCUCACGGCACGCAUGUUGCAUCAGAAAGCUAUCGACGCCAUGUGUGCAGAUCUGCUCGAUCCCACUUAUCAUCCUGGGUUUGAGCAGGCCUCCCGCGACAUUAAGCAAUCCAAGUCGAAGGAGAUCCGCGAAUUAUUGUCCAAGGGCAUUGGUGUCCACCAUGCCGGUAUGGCCAGGUCUGACAGAAACCUGAUGGAAAGACUCUUUGGAGAAGGUGUUUUGAAAGUUCUUUGCUGUACCGCCACCCUAGCUUGGGGUGUCAACUUGCCCGCUGCUGCAGUUGUUAUCAAAGGAACCCAAGUGUACAGCGCUCAGGAUGGUAAGUUUGUUGACCUGGGUAUCCUAGACGUGCUUCAGAUCUUCGGUCGUGCUGGCCGUCCUCAGUUCGAGGAUACCGGUAUUGGUAUGAUUUGCACAACCCACGACAAGCUCACCCAUUACCUUACCGCUAUUACGGAGCAGCAGCCGAUUGAGUCCAAGUUCUCUACCAAGCUGGUGGAUAAUCUGAACGCCGAAAUUGCUCUGGGUACUGUCACUUCCAUCCCUGAUGCCGUUCAGUGGAUUGGAUACUCUUACCUCUUUGUGCGCAUGCAGAGAAGCCCCAUGUCUUAUGGUAUUGAAUGGGCAGAAAUCCGAGAUGACCCGAACCUGGUUCAAAGACGUCGACAGCUUGCAAUCCAAGCCGCCAAGACUCUGCAGCAAUGCCAGAUGAUCAUUUACAACGAGAGGACAGAUGAACUUCGAAGCAAGGAUAUUGGACGAAUCGCCAGUCAAUAUUACAUCCUCCAUACAAGUAUUCAGGUGUUCAACGCUAUGAUGCAGCCUCAGGCUACUGAAGCAGACAUCCUGAAGAUGAUCAGUAUGAGUGGAGAGUUUGACAACAUCCAAUCUAGAGAUAGUGAAGAGAAGGAGUUGACCCAUCUGCGACGGGAAAUCAUUCCUUGCGAUGUUGACGGUGGUAUCGACACACCUCAAGCCAAGACAAACAUUCUACUUCAAUCCUACAUCUCCAAAGCUCAGCCAGAAGACUUCGCCCUUUCCAACGACAUGAACUACGUCGCUCAGCAGUCUGGACGUAUUUGUCGAGCGCUCUUUAUGCUGGCCCUAAACCGCCGAUGGGGUCACCAAUGCCUCGUACUACUGACUCUUGCAAAGUCUAUCGAGAAGCGCAUCUGGCCUUAUCAGCACCCUCUCCAUCAAUUCGACCUUGCAAAAUCUGUUCUUAACCAGCUCGAUACCAAGGAGAAUCUGACUAUUGAAACAAUGAAGGACAUGGAGCCUGCAGAGAUCGGAGGUCUAAUCCACAACCAGGGUGCCGGCAAAAAUAUUGCAAAGAUCCUUAACAACUUCCCUACCGUUCAUGUCGAGGCUGAGAUUGCACCUCUCAACCGAGACGUUUUACGCAUUAAGCUUUUUGUUAUUCCUGACUUCCGAUGGCACGACCAGAUUCAUGGAACUUCCGAGUCGUUCUACAUCUGGGUUGAGAAUUCUGAAACAUCCGAGAUAUAUCAUCAUGAGUUCUUCAUCCUUAACAGGAGAAAGUUACACGAUGAUCAUGAGCUCAACUUUACAAUUCCUCUUUCAGAUCCUCUCCCUAGUCAGAUUUACGUCCGAGCCGUUUCGGAUAGGUGGCUAGGCGCAGAAACUGUUACUCCAGUUUCUUUCCAGCAUCUCAUUCGCCCUGAUACAGAAAGUGUCUAUACUGAACUCCUGAACCUGCAGCCAUUGCCUAUCUCUGCUCUAAAGAACCCAGCAUUAGAGGAACUUUACGCCAAGCGCUUCGAUUUCUUUAACCCAAUGCAGACCCAGAUCUUCCAUACUCUUUACCACACUCCUGCCAACGUGCUCCUUGGAUCACCUACUGGUAGUGGAAAGACAGUGGCUGCUGAGCUUGCUAUGUGGUGGGCGUUCCGGGAGAGACCCAAGUCAAAGGUUGUCUACAUUGCGCCCAUGAAAGCGCUCGUCCGUGAGCGUGUUAAGGAUUGGGGCGUGCGGUUGGCACGACCUUUAGGUCUCAAGCUGGUCGAGUUGACUGGUGACAACACACCUGAUACCAGAACUAUCCAGGAUGCUGAUAUCAUCAUCACGACCCCUGAGAAAUGGGACGGUAUCUCUCGUUCUUGGCAGACAAGAGGAUACGUUCGACAGGUCAGUCUUGUCAUCAUUGACGAGAUCCACCUUUUGGCCGGCGACCGUGGUCCUAUUCUUGAGAUCAUUGUAUCCCGUAUGAACUACAUCGCUUCUUCCACCAAGAAUGCAGUUCGACUCCUGGGCAUGUCAACAGCCUGUGCUAACGCGACUGAUCUUGGAAACUGGUUGGGUGUUAAGGAGGGCCUUUUCAACUUCAAGCACUCGGUUCGUCCUGUUCCGCUUGAGUUGUAUAUUGAUGGCUUCCCUGAAGUCAGGGGUUUCUGUCCUUUGAUGCAAUCGAUGAACCGACCUACCUUCCUGGCUGUCAAGAAUCACAGUCCUGAUAAGCCUGUUAUUGUUUUCGUGCCUUCACGACGACAGACUCGUUUGACCGCUAAGGAUCUUAUCAACUUUUGUGGUAUGGAGGAUAACCCUCGACGUUUCCUUCACAUGGAUGAGGAUGACCUACAACUCAACCUCGCUCGUGUCAAGGACGAUGCACUGAAGGAAGCUAUCAACUUUGGUAUUGGUCUUCAUCAUGCCGGUCUAGUCGAGUCAGAUAGGCAGCUUGCUGAAGAGCUCUUCUUGAACAACAAGAUCCAGAUCCUAGUCGCCACCAGUACCCUUGCUUGGGGUGUUAACUUACCUGCCCACUUGGUUGUCGUCAAGGGCACUCAGUUCUUCGACGCCAAGAUUGAGGCGUACAAGGACAUGGAUUUGACCGAUGUCCUGCAGAUGCUGGGAAGAGCUGGUCGUCCUCAGUUCGACAACUCAGGAGUUGCUCGCAUCUUCACCAAGGACUCCAAGAAGGACUUCUAUAAGCACUUCCUUCAUACAGGCUUCCCUGUCGAAUCUUCUCUGCAUACUGUCUUGGACAACCAUUUGGGUGCCGAAAUCUCUGCUGAGACCAUCGUUACCAAGCAGGAUGCCCUCGACUAUCUGACAUGGACAUUCUUCUUCCGACGUCUGCACAAGAACCCAUCGUACUAUGGUCUAGAGAUCUCAGCUGAAGACCACAAUAGCAUCGCGGCACAGCAGCUUGCGAAUGACUACAUGAUAGAGAUGGUCAACAAGUCAUUGAACGAGCUUGCCGACUCCAAGUGUGUCGAGGUCUUCCCCAACGGCGAUGUUGAUUCCACGCCUCUGGGCAAGAUCAUGAGUUACUACUACUUGUCGCACAAGACAAUCCGCCACCUCGUGAAGCACGCCAAGGCCCAAGCCUCGUUCCUCGAUGCUCUAUCUUGGAUGUCUCGUGCUACUGAGUACGAUGAGCUUCCUGUGCGCCACAACGAAGAUCUCAUCAACAAUACACUGUCUGAUAAUCUGCCAUUUCCUGGCCACGCCUUUGGACUUCCCAUGUGGGAUCCUCACGUGAAGGCGUUCCUGCUGCUCCAGGCGCACAUGUCUCAAAUUGAGCUUCCCAUCACUGAUUAUGUUGGUGAUCAAACCAGUGUGCUCGACCAAGCUAUUCGUAUUGUUCAAGCUUCUAUCGAUGUUCUCACGGAGUUGGGAUACCUGUCGAGUUGCUUGCAGAUGAUGGCAGUUUUGCAAUCUGUGAAGUCGGCUCGUUGGCCCACAGAUGCGCCGGUCUCUAUUCUUCCUAACGUCGAACCUGACGUUAAGAACGACACACCACUUUCCAAGAUCAGCGCCAUGACUAAGCCUCAGGCAUUACAGCUUGCUAAGAAGCUUGGUGUUCCUGCCAGUCAGCACAAUCGUUUCACUCGUGCAGUAUCGGUUUUGCCUAACGUGGAGGUUUCCAUUGCCGAGGCUAAUGCUCUCUCGAUUACGAUUAACUUGAAGCGACUGAACCAAAUCGUGGAACGUGAAGCUCGCAUCUAUGCCCCCAAGUUCCCCAAGCCUCAGAGCGAGUCUUGGUUUGUUAUCGUGGCGGACUUGACGCGUGACGAGGUCACCGCAGUGAAGCGUGUAGGCUGGACGAGCGGCAAUCGCAAGCUUGAAGCUGGCAGCAAACCUACGGCCAAGACAACCAUCAAGCUUCCCCCAGGCGAGGCUGGACAGGCUCGCAAGUUUGAUGUCCUCGUUGUUAGCGAUGCCUACCCUGGUCUGGAGUACCGGGUUGAGGGUGUUGACAUUCCUGCACCGCCAAGUGUGGACGAUGCUGUGCUGUCAAAGAAGGCGGCUACAUCUGGGUCAAACUGA